AAAAAAUCCAAACACCAAAUCGAAGUUUAAAUAGGGUCUAUAAACAGGAAACAAUCCACCAUUUAAUAAAUAAUCACAAUGUAUGAGUAUAUGGAGGCAAACUCAUCCCAUCCAUGAAGGAGAAGUAUCUGCCUUCAGAUGGUUUGGGGGAUUAUGAUGAACCAGAUGGGUUCCCAGACUAGCGUGGUUAACCAGAAGAGGCGCUUGGUGCUUGGUGUGGUGAUCCUUCUCCUGGUGGAUGUGAUUUGGGUAGCCUCCUCUGAACUGACAUCAUAUAUUUUUAAACAGGAGGACUACAACAAGCCUUUCUUCAGCACGUUUGCAAAGACGUCCAUGUUUAUCCUGUAUCUCCUGGGCUUCCUGGUUUGGAGACCUUGGAAACAGCAGUGUGGUGGUGGCUUCCGUCGACAGCACCCAGCACUUUUCUCAGAUGCUGAAGAAUGUCUUACCCCAUUUAUUGCUGAGAAUGGUUAUUGCAACUCAUUAAGUGAGUCCCUCUAUGUUCCGGUGAAGUUUCAGGAUUUUCCCGUGGACCAUGUCACCACUGCCAGCUCUGACUGUGAAGUCUCCCAAGUCCCCAAGAAACACCGGGUCCGCUUCAGUAACAUCAUGGAGGUGCGACAGCUUCCCUCCAACCAAGCACUGGAGGCUAAGCUGUCUCGCAUGUCCUACUCUGCCUGCAAAGACCAGGAGUCACUGCUCAGGACUGCAGGCAAGCUGACCGUGGCUGAAGUGGCUAAAAUCAGCUUCUUUGUCUGCUUUGUGUGGUUCCUGGCCAACUUUUCUUAUCAACAAGCACUCUCGGAAACAGAGGUUGCGAUUGUGAACAUUUUGUCUUCUACUUCUGGUCUGUUCACCCUGAUCCUGGCAGCCAUAUUUCCCAGCAGUAGCAGUGACCGAUUCACUCUCUCAAAACUCUUAGCUGUAGCACUAAGCAUGGGAGGAGUGGCGCUUGUCAGCGUCUCCGGCAUGGAUAAUUCCGAUGGAAAAGGCACUAUUGGGUCCCUCUGGUCCUUAGCAGGGGCUGCAUUAUAUGCUGUGUACAUUGUCAUGAUCAAAAGGAAGGUUGAUCGAGAAGGAAAAAUGGACAUUCCCAUGUUUUUUGGUUUUCUGGGCCUUUUCAACAUCCUGUUCCUGUGGCCCGGCUUCCUCCUGCUGCAUUACACCGGCUUUGAGGCCUUUGAGUUGCCCAGCAACCUGGUGUGCACUUACAUCCUUAUCAAUGGCUUGAUUGGCACUGUGCUCUCGGAGUUCCUCUGGCUGUGGGGCUGCUUUCUAACCUCUUCUCUGAUAGGAACUUUAGCCUUGAGCCUCACUAUACCUCUGUCCAUCAUAGCGGAUAUGUGUAUGCAGAAGGUGCAUUUCUCCUGGAUGUUCUUCGUGGGGAGUAUCCCUGUUUUCCUGUCCUUCUUCUGUGCCACUCUCUUAUGCCACUACAAUAACUGGGACCCUGUGACUGUGGGCCUAAGAAGGAUGUUUGCGUUCAUCUGCCGUAAGAAACGCUUUCAAAGAUUGUCAGAAGACAGUGAGCAAACGGAGAGCCUUAUUCCUCUUCACAGCCUCUCUCAAGCGGACUGAAACCAGAGCUCUUGGGUUGCCAAACACUUCUCAGAUAGACUCUUCAGAUGAAUGCAGUGAUGUGACAAUCUUUGAUUGGCCAAACAAAACUCUAAGCACCUUAGUGCCUCAUUUUUUAUUUUUCUAUUGAAGAGCUUUAUUCAGUACUUCUCUCAGCCUCAUGAGUAAGUUUUUAAAUAUAUAUUUUAAAUAGUCUUGUGGUAAACAUUAUGAAAAUAUUGUCAUGGACUUGGCUUUUUUGACUGGAAUGAGAUUAUUGUCGGGGGUUCAGACAUCUCCUCUGGACAUUUUUUUUUUUUUUGUCUUUUUUUUUUUGUCUUUUUAUUUUUAAUGACCAUCCUAUCCCCUGUGAGAGAUGAAUGUAUUGAAUUGAAGCUGAUCUUUUUCACCACUUCAACUGACCCUACAGCACUAUCAACAAACUACACUAACAAAAUCAUACUUUCCCUCGUCUGAGAUAUGUGGCUGUUGAAUGAAUGGGUCACUGACACCAUGCUGUCAGUGUUUUUGGUCACAAUAUGAAUAGUGUUGACAUAAGCUUUAUCUAUGAUUUCAAGUAGGCUACAUUGUACAAUGUGUUGGCUUGACUGAAUCCACAAAAUGCAAAUGUAUAUGAUUUCACAGUUUUCAACGGUACGAAAUGACUGAAAUUGUUGAAAGUAUAAUUGUAAUAAAAUUAUUAGUCAUAUAUUAGUUAUAUAUUUAUCACACAGUGUUCCACAGUGUGUACUAGUCUUAUCAAGCACAUCUUUAGUGCACCAAACACAUAAAUAACCUCUUACGUUCUGAUUGAGUAAGGUUGCUGUCUACCUCUUUGAGCCCUGACAUUAAAAUGUGUACCAAGUAUGUUUCUUAUGUCUGUCAUGAUCAGACUUAACUCUAACAUCCUCAAAAACAAAUCAGGUUAGGCUGUAGGCUGUGCAAUGGCAUUAUAUACAGUGAUAAAGCAUUUCAGAUAGUGUGGUAUUGAGACAUAUGAGCGGACUUGAAACGUAUCGCUCAAGUAAUCACCUGUGAUAAACUGGAACUCUCUGUUGUGUCAGUGGUAAUAGCCGAAGGUGAACUUGAUGAUUGUUUGUGAAUAUCAGAUGUUUGGGGAAUUCAUCCCAACUUGCUCCCAUUGUCAAGACCACAUUGUAACAUAGAGACAGAUCAUAUUUAUGAAAUAUGUUGGCCUCUGUGAUUUAUUUCCUGACAAAUAUUUGAGGGUUUUUUUUUUUUUUGAAAAGAAGAAUCUUUCUGAUUGAUAUGUUUCAGCCAGUGAAAGAUUUUCAAUCCAUCAGCAGAAAAUGUUGCAUGGUGAACAAGGAACAGUGGGUGCAUGCUACUGUUUAAUGAUGUGUAGGUCUUUGUCUCAUCAGUUCUCAUUAAUUGAUACUGUGUCUUGAAAGUGAUUAUGAUCAGUUUCAAAUCAAAAUUGACUCCUUAUUGUUAUAUAUAUAUAUAUAUUUUUUUUUGUCUGAUUUGAAUGUGAAAGGAUUUUGCGUAAGGUUAAGUAAUGCUGAAGGAUUUUUACAAGGUAAAUAAUGCAUACAGCGAAUCCAGACUAAAACACUAUUGAUAUGACACUAGAUCAGCUUUUUCAGGGUUUUUGAUUUAUUUCCCUCCAAACCUGUGUUGAUGAUUAUCAUUUUGUCUAUUGUUGCCUUUUUUUGUUGUUGUCUGUUAGUGUAUUUGUUCAUAUUUUCUAUGCUUCUUGGACUGUAUUGUGCAUUCAUUAUUACAGAAUUACAGAAAAGAAUUUCAUGAACACCACCUGUCAGGUUGUGCGUUCAUAAAAUAAUAAAAUAUUCAAAUAAGAA